AUGAGGCUCCAGCUGGAGAAGCAGCUCCUCUUCCUCUCCCUCCUCUGCAUCCUCUCCAAGGUGUGUGCCCAGCUGUGCCGGAGACCAUGCUACUGCCCCUGGGUGCCACCCCGCUGUCCCCGCGGGUCCCCCCUGGUCCUGGAUGGCUGCGGCUGCUGUAAGAUCUGUGCCCGGCGCCUGGGAGAGCCCUGCGACUUCCUCCACGUCUGUGACCAGAGCCAGGGCCUCGUCUGUGACUACAGCACAGCGGCCACGGGGACAGGAGCCAUCUGCAACUUUGAAGACGAUGAGGAGGGCUGUGAGGUGAACGGCCGAGUCUAUCGCGAGGGGGAGGUUUUCCAGCCCAGCUGCAAACUCCAGUGCCGCUGCCUGGAUGGGGGCUUCACCUGCGUCCCACUCUGCCAGGAGGAUGUCCGGCUGCCCACCCCGGACUGCCCCUACCCACGGCGCGUGGAGAUCCCAGGGAAGUGCUGCCCAGAGUGGAUCUGUGAAACCCAGGACCGGCACCUCCUCCGGGAUGCUGGGGCAGCCCCCAGGGCAGCAUCCCCAGUGCUGCCAUACCCCUGCCAGGAGUGGGGCACAGAGUGGAGUGCCUGCUCAGCCACCUGCGGUGUGGGCUUUUCGACCCGCGUCUCCAACCAGAACCGCUACUGCAGGCUGUCGGCUCUGCAUGGCCAGACCCUGCCCAGCUCUGCCAGCAGCAUCCCUGGCGAGGGGAAGAGGAGGUCGUCUGUAGCCGUGCCCACCCUGGUCACAUCCCGGAGCCAACGCCUCAUCCUGGCAAAGAGUCUGGCACCAGCCCACGGCACUGUGGUCUCAGCAGAGAUGAAGGAUGAACCCCUUGGGAAACCAGGGAAGAACUGA